AUGGUUCGUGCCACCUCUAUACCAUAUAUUGGCUUCAUAGUUGUCUUUCCCAUUCUCACCGAGGCGGUAAAAAACAAAGAUUACAACUUGAUUGCACAUCUAAUUGAAACUCAAGACCCAUACGAGAUCAAGCGUGUUAAAAUGCCGGUGAUGACGUCCGCGUCCUCACCAAAUUUGGUCGCUUCGGACGCUUCUAGCAGAAUGAUAGGUUGUGUAUGCGAGCCGGUGGCCGAUGCCAUCAACUGGAUGGAACUUGUUAAAGGUGAUCCGGUCAAAUGUUAUUGUGGACAUUGGUUCCAGUUGGUCAGUUACGAGGAAUACUUCCGACGUGUCAAUUGUCCCACGAAUCGUGCGCUUUUCUUCGGAUUCUACAAAUGGCAGGCCUCAAUCGGCUGUAUGGCUGAGACUUGCACUGAUGCAAGCUCAUCACGCAUGACAGUGCGUCUAGGACCGCUCUGGGUUGGGAACUAA